ACCAACGACACCAACGCUCACUGGCGCUGCUAACGCUGACAAUUUAGUUUUGAUUUUCGCUUAUUCACGUCGUUUGCGUGUAUACACAAUUUUUCUUGCCUAAAGUGCUACAGUAUACUAUAGCCACAAUUUCUUUGAAAAAUGAGUUCUAUAGGAACGGGGUAUGACUUAUCUGCAUCUCAAUUUUCACCGGACGGACGUGUUUUUCAAGUGGAAUAUGCGCAAAAAGCUGUUGAGAACGGAGGAACAGUGAUAGGUUUGAGGGGAAAAGAUGGCAUUGUGUUUGCCGUAGAAAAGAUAGUCACAUCGGAGCUCUAUGAACCUGGCACAAAUAAAAGAAUUUUUAAUAUCGACAAACACGUCGGUAUGGCAGCAUCUGGUUUGAUUUCCGAUGCAAGACAGAUAGCGGAAACCGCGAGAUCCGAAGCAUCCAGUUAUAGAUCUCAGUACGGAGUCGGCAUCCCUUUAAAAUACUUAAACGAAAGAGUAUCCAUGUACAUGCACGCUUAUACUCUGUAUUCAGCUGUGAGACCAUACGGGUGCUCUGUAAUUCUUGGCACCUAUGAAAACGGCACACCAUUGAUGUAUAUGAUAGAUCCAUCCGGUGUAUCGUACGGAUACUAUGGUUGCGCUAUUGGCAAAGCAAAACAGUCCGCAAAAACGGAAAUUGAAAAGCUAAAACUAUCAGAAAUGAGUUGCAACGAAUUAGUGAAAGAAGCAGCGCGUAUUAUCUAUCUUGUUCACGAUGAGUUAAAAGAUAAAAAAUUUGAGCUCGAAAUGAGUUGGGUGGGUGAACACACUAACGGAAGGCACGAACGUGUACCAGUGGAUAUUCGGGCUAAUGCCGAGUCAAAAGCAAAACAAGCAAUGGCAGAAGAUUCAGACAGCGAUACCGAAGAUAUGUAAAUUGCUUUAAUAGUCUCAUAAAACACUUUUUAUAUUGUAAGUUGUAAUUUAAAUACACAAAAACAUACUGUUACGA